GCCGCCGCGCCGCCGCCCCGCCGGUACCGUCGUCCCGCCGAGCCCCAGGUCCCAGCGGCCAGACCCUGAGCUCGACGCGUGCGGGGCUCCGGCCGCCUCGAGCCCACGCGCCCGGACCACCCGCUGGUCCCGCGCGCCUCGCCCGGCGCUGCGCGCUCUGCAGACCCCGUCCUCUCCCUUCUUUCUUCUUUCUUCUCUCCCUCUCACUUUCUCCCUUUCUUUGAUUGCUUUUCCCUCCUGCUGGACCCUUCCUCCGUCUCGCCAUCUCUCUCCCUCCUUUCCUCCUUGUUCUCUUUCCACCUUUCUUUUAUUCCCACCUGAGGUCUCCCUUUCUGCCCUCCUUUUCUCUUCGCCAGCUUCUUCUCGACGCUGCUCCUUUAGCAGCAGCCCUCCCUGGGUCUGCGGGGUGAUUUGUGCCCCCGUGCCUCAGUGUCCUUUUCGCCUUCCUUUCUCCCGACUCCCUUCCCGGCUCGGUGCCCGGCAGCCUGACCGUGGGGAAAGGAAGGAUGGUUCCCGAGGUGAGGGUCCUGUCCUUCUUGCUGGGACUCGCGCUGCUCUGGUUCCCUCUGGACUCCCACGCUCGCGCCCGCCCAGGCAUGUUCUGCCUUUUCCAUGGGAAGAGAUACUCCCCUGGUGAAAGCUGGCACCCCUACCUGGAGCCACAAGGCCUGAUGUACUGCCUGCGCUGCACCUGUGCUGAGAAUGCCCAUGUGAGUUGUUACCGCCUCCACUGUCCACCUGUCCACUGCCCCCAGCCUGUGACGGAGCCACAGCAGUGCUGUCCCAGGUGUGUGGAACCUCAUACCCCCUCUGGGCUCCGGGCCCCCCCAAAGUCCUGCCAGCACAACGGGACCAUGUACCAGCAUGGAGAGAUCUUCAGUGCUCACGAGCUGUUCCCCUCCCGCCUGCCCAACCAGUGUGUCCUCUGCAGCUGCACCGAGGGCCAGAUCUACUGUGGCCUCACGAACUGCCCUGAACCAGGCUGCCCCUCCCCCCUCCCGCUGCCUGACUCUUGCUGCCAGGCCUGCAAAGAUGGGGCAAGUGAGAAAUCAGCUGAAGAGGACACCACACAGUCACGCCAUGGGGUGAGACAUUCUCAGGAUCUAUGUGUGGGUGAUGGUGGGAGAAAGAGGAGUCCGGGCACCCCAGCCCCCACCGGCCUCAGCACCCCUCUGGGCUUCAUCCCUCGCCACUUCCGACCAAAGGGGGCAGGCAGCACAACUGUCAAGAUCGUCCUGAAGGAGAAGCAUAAGAAAGCCUGCGUGCAUGGUGGGAAGACGUACUCCCAUGGGGAGGUGUGGCACCCAGCCUUUCGCUCCUUCGGCCCCCUGCCCUGCAUCCUGUGCACCUGUCACGAUGGCCGCCAGGACUGCCAGCGCGUGAACUGCCCCACUGAGUACCCCUGCCGUCACCCUGAGAAAGUGGCUGGGAAGUGCUGCAAGAUUUGCCCAGAGGAUAAGGCAGACCCUGGCCACACUGAGAUCAGUUCCACCAGAUGUCCCAAGGCACCAGGCAGGGUCCUCGUCCACACGUCAGUAUCCCCCAGCCCAGACAACCUGCAUCGCUUUGCCUUGGAGCAUGAGACUUCUGACCAGGUGGAGAUCUACCUCUGGAAGCUGGUAAAAGAUGAGGAAACUGAGGCUCAGAGAGGUGAAGUACCUGGCCCAAGGCCACACAGCCAGAAUCUUCCACUUGAUUCAGAUCAAGAAAGUCAGGAAGCAAGACUUCCAGAAAGAGGCACAGAACUUCCAGCUGCUCGCUGGCACCCACAAAGGUCACUGGAACGUCUUCCUAGCCCAGACCCCAGAGCUGAAGGUCACGGCCAGCCCAGACAAAGCAACCAAGACAUUAUAACAAAGAACUGAACAGUUGAAGAUAUGAGCUUUAUCUUUUUUGUUAUUAUAUAUUAAUAAAUAAGAAGUUGCAUCACCC